AUGACCGACCACGAGGUAGCGGCUGUUCCCCCCUCCUACGCGCCCAAUCAGGAGAUCGUCGUCUCCGAUGACAAGACCGCCUUUGACGAUGUCAAGGACGUGAGUCCUACCCCCGAUGGCCAGGAGCCCAAUGAUCAGGAAAAGGCCAGCCUCCGUCACAUCGCUGAGAACCUGCCUCUUUCCGCAUGGCUGGUCGCCGUUGUCGAGCUGUGCGAGCGUUUCACCUACUAUGGAAUGUCCGGUCUCUUCCAGAACUACGUCCAGCGUCCGCUCGACGGUAGCCAGGGCCGCGGUGCCCUCGGUAUGGCUCACCAAGGUGCUACCGGUUUGACCACUUUCUUCCAAUUCUGGUGCUACGUGACUCCCAUCCUCGGUGCCAUUGUCGCCGAUCAGUACCUCGGCAAGUACAAGACCAUUGUCUACUUCUGCAUCGUCUACCUCGUCGGUCUGCUCAUCCUGGUCUGCACCUCCAUCCCCGCUGCUCUGGAGCACGGUGCCGGUCUGGGUGGUUUCAUUGUGGCUAUUCUGAUCAUCGGUCUCGGUACUGGUGGUAUCAAGUCCAACGUCGCCCCUCUGAUUGCCGACCAGUACAAGCGCAAGAAGAUGGCUAUGUCCACCACCAAGAAGGGCGAGCGCGUUAUCAUUGACCCCGCCCUGACCAUCCAGCGCAUCUACAUGAUCUUCUACGGAUGCAUCAACGUCGGUUCGCUCUCCCUGCUGGCUACCCCCUACAUGGAGUUGUACAUCGGCUUCUGGUCCGGCUACCUUCUCUGCCUGUGCAUGUUCGCCAUGGGAACUUGUGUCCUCUGCCUCGGACGUAAGUACUACGUCGUCCGCCCACCUCAGGGCUCCAUCAUCACCGACGCCUUCAAGGCCCUCGGCAUGAUGAUCAUGAACCGCAACAUGGACGCCCCCAAGCCUAGCUGGCAACUCGAGCACAACGGCAACUCGUCCGCCGUCCCCUGGGAUGAUCAUUUCAUCGACGAGCUGAAGCGUGCCCUCGUCGCCUGCCGCGUCUUCGCCUUCUACCCUAUCUACUGGGUUGUCUACGGCCAGUUCUCCAGCAACUUCGUCUCCCAAGCCGGUCAAAUGGCCGGCCACGGCGUCCCCAACGACCUGAUGCAGAACUUCGAUCCCAUCUCCAUCAUCGUCUUCAUCCCCCUGCUGGAAACCUGCGUCUACCCACUGAUGCGCCGUCUCCGCAUCCCCUUCCGUCCCAUCACCCGUAUUUCCCUCGGAUUCGUCGUCGCCUCCCUGGCCAUGAUGUACGCCGCGAUCGUGCAGCACCUGAUCUACGCCAACAGCACCAUCACCGACGGCGUCGCCGCGCAAUCAAACGUGCAUAUCGCCAUUCAAACCCCAGCCUACGUGUUCAUUGGUGUUUCCGAGAUUUUCGCCUCCGUCUCCGGUCUCGAGUACGCCUACACCAAGGCCCCUCCCAGCAUGAAGUCAUUCGUGCAGUCGAUGUACCUACUCACCAACGCCUUCGGCUCAGCCCUCGCCGAGGCCCUGACCCCCGCCGCGUUCGACCCGGCUAUUCUGUGGAUGUUUGUCGGUCUGGCUUGCGCUUCGUUCGCGGCUGGUAUUAUCUUCUGGCUUGUUUUCCACCACCUCAAUGCCCAGGAAGAUGAUAUGAAUGCCCUUGAUGCGGAUGAUUGGAUGCCCGAGGCUCCCCGUGAGGAGGAGCGUCGCGCUUCGACUAAGCAGUGA